CAGUUUCAACAACAAUAAAACCAAAUCAGCAAAGUGAAUGUGUCCAAGGAAAUAAACAAUAAGAGCUCCACUUAUCUCUUACGUUUUGCCACGAAUCCAAAAUUUCAUAUCGUUUCGUAAAUACAAUGGACUGGCUAAACCGGUACGACAAGGAACUCUCGAUACUCAUACACACAAUCAACAUUCAUUUGAAUUUUGAAGAAAUUCAAGAACACAUCAAUAUGCUGCGCUUUUCAUCUAGGUGCUACAAUCAUUUGAAACCAGUACGCACAUUACCCCAAGUGGUCAAUCCAUCGAUUACUACGACCAUUUCAAGGAAUCAAACGUCUGCCACCAAUCCCGACAAUCUUCCACAUUUUCCUGUACCGAAGCUGAACGACACUCUUCAGAAAUUUCUGCGCUCCGUUCAACCAUUGCUUUCAACACAGUCGUACAAGACUACCGAAAAUCUAAUCAGGGAAUUCGUUAAAUCCAAUGGCCUCGGCGAAAAACUCCAACAACUACUUCAAAAACGUGCCGACACUCAUGAAAAUUGGCUAUCCGAUUGGUGGUUAAUUGCUGCGUACUUAACAUGGCGUUCGCCGGUUGUAGUUUAUUCGAAUCCGGGACUAUAUUUAUCGGCGCAACAAUUUCGCGGUACCGACGAUUGGUUAAAGUAUUCGGCGAAAGUAACUUCGGCUGCGCUGAAGUACAAGCAAAUGAUCGACUUCGAUCAAAUACCAAAAGACAAAAUGGGCAAGGCAUUGUUGGAUAUGGGACAAUAUAAGAAAAUUUUCGGUACAUGUCGUAUACCCGGGCAUAACAUGGACCAGGUGGAAUUCAAUCCCGGCUCGAGACAUAUUGUGGUUGCCUAUCGAAAUGGGUUUUAUAAAGUUCCUGUGUACGGAAACAACUCCAAUGACAUUUUAAGCGAGUCGGAAUUGGUCGAGCAAUUUCAGUUAAUUGUUGCGAACAAAAGUAACCAAAACGUACCCAUUGGAAUGCUGUCUUCCCAACAGCGGGACGAUUUGGCCAAGGCGUAUGAGGAGUUGAUUAAAAAUCCCCAAAAUGCCAAAUCCAUGGAUAGCAUCACCAAAGCAUUAUUCAUUGUUUGUCUUGAUGAAGCCGUUCCAUUGAACAAAUCGGAACUACUGAAUAUUGCCAGCCAUCAAUUGAUUCAUGGCGGUGGUUCUAAGCAAAAUUCCGGAAACCGAUGGUUCAAUAAAACGAUUCAAUUCAUUAUCAAUGAAAAUGGACUGAACGGCUUAAACUAUGAACACUCACCGGCUGAAGGACAGCCCAUCGCUGUGUUAGCUGACUACAUCAACACUCAAGUGCUCAAACCAUCCGACACCAAGCCAAGGGUAUCGAAGCAAACAAUUCAACCGCAAAAGUUGGAAUUCAACGUUUCACAGCAGACUGAAAAAGAUAUUUUGGCAGCAUCGGCACAUAUUGAUGAGCUCGCUGGAAACUUACAAAUGACCGUCCUCGACUACAAGGGAUACGGUAAAAACUUUAUCAAAUCGCAGAAAAUGAGUCCAGACAGCUUCAUUCAGAUGGCCAUGCAGUAUGCGUUCUACAAAUAUCAUGGUGUCGCUGGUGCACAUUAUGAGACCGGCCAGCAACGUAUUUUCAUCCACGGCCGAACCGAAACCAUUCGUUCGUGUUCGGUUGAGUCAUUAGCGUUUGCAAAGGCUAUGUGCGACAACACGGUCAGCGACGCGGAUAAAUUGAAAGCCUUGAAGGCUGCCGUUACCGGUCAUAAGAACUAUACCACCAUGGCAAUGAAAGGUGAAGGUAUCGACCGACAUUUAUUGGGCUUGAAAAUGAUUGCCAAGGAGAAUGGUCUGCCCAUACCGGAGUUGUAUGCGGAUGAUGGUUUUGUAAAGAGUACACAUUACAGGAUUUCCACUAGUCAAGUUGCAUCGGUAAAUCGUAUUUUCAUGUGCUAUGGACCAGCUGUUGAUGAUGGAUACGGCCUUUGCUACAAUCCCCGAGAUGAUGACAUGCUGUUUGCUAUUUCGGCGUUUAACUCUUGCCCGGACACUUGUUCCAAAGUAAUGGCUCAUCAAAUGACUGAAGCUCUUGAAGCUAUGUAUUCCUUAUUGUUAAGAGUCGGCGAACGACCAAUAAGCAAAAUGUGAUUUGUUAAAAUAUGGAUACCUGAUCGGAUGGGUGGGUUCAAAUGAAAUUUUCAUCGUUUUUAUGUUUAUAAAUUUACAAAUUUAUUGGUUUGGUUUUCAUUCAAUUUCUUUUUCUUUUACA